AUGAGGAGCCCUGGGGGCCCAGGCUGGGCAUCAAAAAGGCCGUGCAGAACAAGCAGAACACAGCCAGCCUGCCUUUGUGACCAGCAGCCAGCCCGACACUUCGUUCCGGCUCCCUUCAACUUGUUCAGGCCGGGCAAGAACACGGCCCAGCCGGCAACAGAGCCCUCGCUCUCCAGCGUGAUUGCGCCCACACUCUUCUGUGCGUUUCUUUACUUGGCUUGUGUCUCUGCUGAACUUCCAGAGGUGAGCAGAAGGAUGGCUGCCAGUGGAGCCAGAAGCAAGGAAGGACGCCGGGAGCAUGCCUUCAUUCCAGAACCUUUCGAUGGUGCUAACGUAGCUCCCAGCCUUUGGCUGCACCGCUUUGAAGUCAUCGAUGACCUCAACCACUGGGACCAUGCCACCAAACUAAGGUUCCUGAAAGAGUCUCUCAGGGGAGAUGCCCUGGAUGUCUACAAUGGACUCAAUUCCCAGGCCCAGGACGAUUACGGUAUUGUGAAGGAAGCCCUCCUGAAGGCCUUUGGGGGCCUUGGGGUGGCCCACAGUCAGCCCAAAGAGAUUGUGUUUGCCAACAGCAUGGGUAAGGGCUACUACCUUAGAGGGAAGAUUGGCCACGUGCCUGUGAGGUUCCUGGUGGACUCUGGGGCUCAGGUGUCUGUGGUUCACCCAGCCUUAUGGGAGGAGGUCACUGAUGGUGACCUGGAUACGCUUCGCCCUUUUGAAAACGUGGUCAAGGUGGCCAACGGGGCAGAGAUGAAGAUCUUGGGUGUGUGGGACACAGAGAUGAUCCUGGGCAAGCUGAAGCUGAAGGCCGAGUUUCUGGUGGCCAACGCGAGUGCAGAAGAGGCCAUUAUUGGCACUGACGUGCUGCAGGACCACAAUGCCGUGCUGGACUUCGAACACCGCACCUGCACCCUGAAGGGGAAGAAGUUCCACCUGCUUCCUGUUGGAAACAACUUGGAGGAUAUAUUUGACCUGGAGCUCAUUGAGGAGGAGGAGUCUGCACCGGAGGGCUCCCACUAA